CACUCUCAAAAACGCCGGACUACUUUAGUAUGGAGUACUCAGAGGAACCCUUCGUGGUUCUAGAAACUUCCAUGGGGGUUAUCGUUUGUGAACUUUACUGGAAAGAAACACCAAAGACUUGUAAAAAUUUUGUUGAAUUGUCAAGAAGAAAAUAUUACGACAAUGUUAUUUUUCAUCGCAUCAUACCAAAUUUUGUUAUACAAGGUGGUGAUCCCACUGGAACUGGUCGUGGUGGCGACUCGAUUUAUGGAGAAAAAUUUGAAGAUGAAUGCACAAGUUCGUUAAGGCACACUGGCGCUGGCAUUCUCUCGAUGGCCAACUCAGGUCCAAAUACUAAUGGAUCUCAAUUUUUUAUAACAUUAGCACCAACUCCUCACUUAGAUGAUAAACACACCAUCUUUGGAAGAAUUUGCGACGGGUUAUCGGUAGUGAAGCGUUUAGGAAACGUUGUCACUGACGCUAAUGACCGUCCGACUGAAAAAGUUUUCAUCAAAAGGUCUUAUCCAACGAGAAAUUGGAGUUGCUAAAAUGGAAGUAUUCUAUAGCGUCC